AACUAGCGCGGAAGCGCUAGUCACCUCAGGCGGUGACUGGCGCUUCCGCGCACACUAUAAUCAUUUUUGUGCACUCAUACUAUCAUUAUAAAUAUAAAUGUUGAGGCCAUAACCUUACCAGCCGAUGCCACGACACGAAACUUCUUCGGGGUCGGUGAUGAUGGCCGUUUCAAUUGCGAAGAUUCCUGUUUUGUCUCGGGAUAGGGACUUUUUGGCGGGAAGUCAAACCUAUUAAGCGGAAUUUUUUGAAGGAAAAUUUUCACAAAUUGUUUUUACCAGGAAUUUGGAACCAGGCAUAAAAUCUCACUAUUUAUAGGUGAUCUUCAACAUGAGGGGCAAGCGCAAAAAGCGCAAAGCCGACGACUCACAUCAAGAUGUGGCAAGUGUCGACGACUCAGAUACUUCGACCGAUACUACUGAAACCGAUAAGUAUACCAUUUAUAAAUCGGAAAAUUACUGCCGUCAGUAUCCAGAAGAUGGUGGUAAUUUUGAACAUAUUGUAAUUUAUGAAAGUUCCGAAACCAGGCCAAUAGGCGACAGAGACCUCAUGUCUCUUGGCGCUUCGUUGAAACAAGGCAACAAAGGCAUAAAAAGAUUUAAAAGAAUCAACAAAUACAAAAUCGGAGCUAUAUUCGAGCGGCCAGGGUUAGCUAAUAGUGCCCUAUAUAAUACCAAAACGUUAAAGGACCUUCACCUAAAAGCAUCAAUUCCCGCCUUACUCACUGAAAGUACUGGUGUAAUCCAAAAUGUUCCCACCUAUAUGUCGAACAAAAACAUAUAUAAUGGAUUAUCAAGUUCCAGAGAUGUAGUUUCCGUGCGUCGACUUAUGCGUCAAGGGCGCGAUGAUGACGGCAAAUCGUGUUUGCUGCCCACCCAAACAGUUGCCUUAACUUUCGCCUGCCCUACAUUACCAGACAGUGUUGAUAUAGAUUCAUGGUACUUCGAGGUAAGCCUAUACAUUCCACCAGUUAGCCAAUGCCUGCGUUGUCUACGCUACGGUCAUAUUGGCAAAUUUUGUAAGAAUUCGCAAAAAUGCACCAUCUGCGGUGAAGAACACCUAUACAGAGACUGCCCUAAAGAUCCUAAGGAAGCCAUUUGUGUUCACUGCAGUGGCAAUCACAUAGCAAUUUCAUCAGAUUUCCCUAUUAAAAAAAAAAUUGAAGAAAAUAAAACUAAAUACCAAAAAGUUGCAUACGCCGAUUUAUUCAAUGAGAAGUCUUUUCCAACAUUAAACAAGUCUAAACUAACUGAUAAUAUAAAAACCUCCUACAGUGCGAUGACUUUGUAAACUUACUUAUUUCUUCUAUUAUCAAAAUAAUAUCUUUCAACAAGUCUGACGAAAUGCAUGUUACUUCUGCAGGCAUCAAAAGCAUUCUAUUAGAUACUUUCAGUACAAACAAAAACAGAAAUAAAGAUGAAACUACUUAAUUUUUUUUAUGGACUUGAAUAUAAUUCAGUGGAAUGUUCAAAGUCUAUCUAGUAAUAAACAUGCUUUUACAUAUUUCCUUUAAAAUAAUGAUAUACAUAUUGCUUUAAUUUCUGAAACAUGGUUAAAACCCGAAAAAAAAUUUAUAUCAAAGGUUACAUAAUAGAAAGAUUAGAUAUUGGUAGCAACCAUAAUGGUGUUACUAUACUUAUAAAAAAUAAUUUGAAUUAUAUUAGAUUAAAUACAUUACAUGACGAUUCUUUGCAGAACAUAGCUAUUAGAUUACAGUUCAACAAUGAAGAAAUCUCUAUUGUUAACUUCUAUAGUCCUACUUCAGCUGCCUCACAAAAUUUUACUUAUACACAUAUAAAUAAUUUGAUCGAUACUCUUCCAAAGCCCUUGUUAUUGGCACAAGCCACCACUGUGGGUUCCCACAGAUGGCGUCCCAAUGCAUUAGAUCUCACAAUUGUUUCAUCAUCACCAUCACUUCGUUGCAACUGGUCUGUUCAUCUUGUUCAGCUAUUCUGAAAAUACAAAUAACAAAGCAAGUCAGGGUAAUUUUUCAAAACCAAGCUACAUAAAUGUUGAGUGGUUCAAAUAUAAACAAAUUGUUGACUCCAAAAUUUUAGACCACACUUUCGAUUUUUCCAAUCCCAUUCUUUCAUACAUAAAUUUUUGUAAUAUUUUAUUGUAAAGUGUCAAUGAUGCUAACAUGAAACAAAAAAACACAACCUUAUCACACAACACAAAUCACAAAAAAAGGCUAUGUCUACCUUGGUGGAAUCAGACCUGUACUGCUGCCAUAAAACAGUGUCGCAAGGUUUAUUUGCAAUUCAAAUCAGAUCCUUCUAUGGAAAAUUACAUCUCAUUUAAAAAACAACAAGCACUUAAAAACUUACACUUAGUAAAGAAAGAGAAUCUUCUUGGACAGCUUUUUGUGAGUUACUCAAUAGACAAACGCCAUUAUCGAUCAUCUGGAAAACAAUAAGAAAAUUUAACAAAACUGAUCUUGAUAGUAAUGUUAAAAGCUCUACAAAUAGCAGUUGGAUACAAGAUUUUUUAAAUAAAUUUACAUGAAACCCCCAGACACAGGUCAAUUUCAAUAUCCAUGUAUCAAACAUACAUACACACAAUGAAUUCCUUACUAAAAGUUUUAGUUUACCUGAACUACAUAGUGCUCUCAACUCUAGACGCGAUACAGCCUUUGGUUUAGAUAUUAUUUCAUACAAAAUGUUGAAGAAUCUCUCAGUUGACAUGAAAAAAAUGUUAAUUCUCAUAUUAAACCUACUUUGGAAUGCAUCUCUGAUCCCACCGGAGUGGAAAACUGAUUGCCUUGUACCAAUAUUAAAACCAGGCAAAGAUAACACAAAUCACAAUUCAUACCGACCUAUAGCUCUGACAUCUUGUUUUGGUAAACUUUUUGAGCAAAUGUUAAAACAAAGAUUAGAGUUUUAUAUAGAAUCAAAUAAAUUAUUACCUUCAAAUCAAUUUGGCUUCCAUAGAGGUUUUUCUGCUGCUGAAAGUAUGAAUAAUAUUUACUUAGAUAUUCAUAGUUCAUUUGCAUAUAAAAAAUUCCUUGUCUGUGUUUUUCUUGAUAUUGUUGGAGCGUUUAAUAAUGUUGACCAUCAAGUUCUCACUAGAGAGCUAUUGACUCUCGGCAAACUUUUUUUUUUUUUUUUUCGGGUAGAGGGCCGAACCUCCUACGAGGUCCCCGCGCAAAAGGGGCGCGCGGGGUAUGUGAGACUCAACGAUCUGCAUGGUGUUGUGAGCAGACCGCGGGCCCAAGGAUUUUAGGGCCCACCCACUAAACGACUCCCCUGCACUCUUACACCCGACGUCCGAUCCCCUCCGAGGUCAGAAUCCGGAUGAGGUAGGGGGGCUACCGCGGUCAACACUACAACCAGACGGCGCGGCUCACCCCAAGGACGCCCAGCCGACGGAGCCUUCGAGGCGAAUCGAAGGCUCUGAAACGUCGGCCGUCUCGGUACGGCAGCCCGUCGGGCCGCCCAGACGGUGCCGCUGGUGUCCCGGAAUACCCCGCUGGACCAGAACCAGCCUGCCGGGUCGGGACGCGAUACACCGCCAAACGGUCGCUCUUGUUUGUUUGAUGAAGAAAUAAGACUAAAAAACAAUUUACCUCCAGUAGUAACAUGUGAACAAAUUGUAUUCAAGAAAAUUUGCAGCGUUGGGUUUAAUUAUCUCUUGAUUAAAAGAAUACAUUUAGGAGUUAGAUUUAUUUUAGAAAACGAAUCCUUCUAUACUCGCUUACCUUGGCAUGACACUAAAUUGACUAUGUUGAAUGAACACAACCAGGAAUGGUACAAAGAAAUAGUAACUAAAAUAGAUAAGGAUGAUUAUAUACCAGCUUCUCCAGGUUUCUUAAUGGGGAUGCUCAAUGCAGGUUCAACUACUAUGGGCUUAGUUGCAAUUGCUGGAAUCGAUUUACCAAACACCAUCAUAAGGAGCUUAAGGUCGAGUGAUGAUUUUAUGACCAUAUUUGUGCAUCUGAAAUUCCCCAAUUGGCAACUUUAAUUGGUGUAACAUAUAGUGCAUACAGAUUGUUUGGGAUAAAUCCGAGUAAAGAAAAAACUAUUCUUUUUCCAGAAUCCUUCGGUGAAUAUACAAGCUGAUAUCAGGACAAGGGUUUUGUGAAGCAAUAUGGGGUAGAGACUAGCUCUUUGAAGCCUGGAGGAAAAAAUCCCCAAGAUGAUUUUAAUUAUGUAGUUUCAAAUACUCUCCAAUUAAUAAGAAUUAUAAAUGUUUUAGGAGCUAUAACUAGAAUAGCAGUAAGAGUAGACAAUGUAAGAAUAUUAUGGAAUAUAAAAGUUAAAUAUGGAGAAGCAGAGAGGAAAAAUAUUGGAGAAAAUGUUAUAUUUCUAACGGAUGGAGGAAAAAAUCCAUGGGUUCCUGAAAAUUUAGCUUGUGAUGAGGCCACCAUUAGAUUUAAGAACACAAGUACAGAUUUAGAUAGGAAAUAUUUCAGUAGAAUAAUAAAAAUUCAUUUUCUGAACCUCCUGAAGAACAAUUAUUAUUUCAAAAAGAUGUAGGAUUAUUAAUAGCUAGUGAUGACUCAACUCCUAGAAACGUAUUCUGCUAUAUAAGUAGAUCUAAUAGAACAAAUAAACAGAGCAAUUCAGAAGAAGUAAAAUUUGAGAAGGCAAAUCAAGAAGCUUUUGAGAUUGUUACGGCUAUAGAUCCUUCCUUCUUAUUAACUAUACCUUGUUUAAAAACACCAUUAAAUAAAUAUUUGGCUUCUACUAUGAUAUUAUUAAAAGAGAAAUUAAGACAAAGUAUGACUCCUGAGGAAAUUACAAAAGUAGAAUUGGCCGUGUCUAAAUUAAUCUCUGUUGAUAAAGGAUGAGCGAGAGGAUGUUGAUAAUUUUGAAUUCUUUGAUGACCUAUAGAUACCACUAAAGAUAGAUAGUACUAAACGAAAAAGAGCCUUACCUCGUAAGAUUUGUACGCAUUGUCAUAGAAAGAGACGUCAAAAAUUGCACUCCGACGUUGUUUGUGCAAGUGACUGCCACUGUGAAAAUGUUACGAAGAAAGAGUCGUCAACGGUCUUUAAGACACUUCAAUUAGCUCCCAUCCCAGCGCCGCAACCCAAGCGGAUUGAUGUUACUGAUACCAGUCUAACUGAACCUCGCACACCAGUCGGUAGGAAAUUAUAUAAAGCAUGUGAUUCAGCUCCUUACAGCAUUCACAUCCAAAAGAUACAAUCAAGUCCAAGUAACAAUGUUUCUAUCAAUCCAAUUUCUUGUGGCCGCUUCCUAAAAAAUAAAUCCACUAAAAACAUAGUUAAUGGAAGCUUGAAAAAAAUACAUAGAAAUAGAUUAGUUUUAGCUUUCACUAACUAUGCAGAUGCAAACUGUUUCUUAGAGAAUCAAGCAAUAAAACAAAUUAAUUGUAAAGCAUUUAUUACUUUUUUUUUUCGGGUAGAGGGCCGAACCUCCUAUGAGGUCCCUGUACGGCAGCCCGUCAGGCCGCCCAGACGGUGCCGCUGGUGUCCCGGAAUACCCCGCUGGACCAGAACCAGCCUGCCGGGUCGGGACGCGAUACACCGUCAACCGGUCACUCUAUUUACUCCACGGCAGCGCGCUAGAGUGCUGGUAGCGCGCCGCGCGGCCUCUACCCCCUCAGAUCGCCCCUUCACCUUCACGGCUAAAGUUCGGUUUUCGUCCCGCUGUACAGGGAAGAAAGUGUAACAUUUUGUCCCUGGGUUAGUGCGCAUGCGCGUUAGUGUCCUCAUCGGCUCUCACACACCUAAACUUCUCUGCCAUUGUUGUUCUCGGGUAAUUUGGAAUAUUGUGUUUAGUGUAAAAGUGAAAUAAACAAAAGGCAAUAAAAUUUAAUAGUGAAAUUAAUACUUAGUUAAGCUUAAUAACAAAGAUGAGUUCAUCAGACAGUUCUUAUUCAAUGAGUAGUAGUGAUGACGAGUCAAGAGAUGUUGAUGCAGAAGCACAAAACAUUACACGAAAUGUAGUGCAAAAAAAAUCUAUUUUAAAGUAUCGGAUUUGUUAUGAAAAUUUCAUGAAAUGGAGAAGAGAAAAUAAAAUUCAGGAUCUCACAGAAAAUGUAUUUCUUGUUUAUUUCGAGGAAUUAUUGAAAACAUUAAAACCGUCGACAUUCUGGAACCGGUGGUCCAUGUUGAAAUCAUUAAAUAUAAAAACAAAAAAUCCUCACAUAUGCAAUUAGAUCUAAGUGUACUUUUAAAUUUUAUUAAGCCAUACGAUGGGAGUAAGGAAACUCUUAAUUCAUUUCUAAUAAAUUGCAACAACGCCUACGAGCUCGCGAACAAAAUUAAAAAACCGAUUGUUUUCAAAUACAUUCUAUGUAAGCUGCAAGGUCGAGCUGAAAUCGCUUGCUCCAUUAAGGAGUUUAAUAACUCCGAUCAACUAAAAACAUUUCUAAAAACACAAUUUAGUGAACGGAAGUAUUACUCCUACUUAGUAACAGAACUACAGGAAAGCAAACAACAGGCAAACGAAAAUAUUGAAAAUACUAGUCAAUAUGCGCUCAAAAUUUAAACUCUUUUAUCCCCAACUUCUCACGGAAAUCUCGCUUAACACUACUAAAAAUAAAGAAAUUCACGGUCGCGUCGCAAUGAUGUAGGAAUUAGCUCUCCACCACUUUCUAGUGGAACUACACCCGAGAAUAUCAAACAUUAUUAGGUGUAAGUUACCCCGUAUGUGAAACGAAGCGAUUAACUUUGCUAUAUCCGAAGAGAAAAUUCAACAAACUCUGUAUAGACGCAACGCGCCUAUAGAUCACGUACGCCCACGAAGAAUAAUAACAAAUAAUCCUAACAUGCCCCGCGAAAACCGUAAUCAAUACAACAACCCUCAGAUUCAGCGUUAUAAUUCACAAAAUACUAACUCCAAUCUAGUGUGUCGCUAUUGCAAAAAUCCGGGUCACACGAUCGAGAACUGUAGAAAGAGAGAGUACAAUAACAAAUUCAAAAACUAAUCUAUUCCCGGUCCUUCCACCUCUUCACAAGCACCUAACCAAUUUAAAAAGGUUAAUCUUAUUACUGAGCAAAACAGAUACAACACGGUAGACUAUAAUGAAAUUCCAAAACAAGAAAAUUUAAACGCAUAAUGGACACCCACCCGCCGGUGUCACGAGAGUCCAGCAUCAAGACACUCUCUCGUGACAAACCAAAUCGACACCAAAUAUUCAAAAACAAUCCCGAUGAAUCAAAACACACUCGCUGUAUAAUCUGUAUCUAACUCGCUGAAUCAAAACAAACUCGCUGUAUCCUCUGUAUCCGAUUCGCUGAAUCAAAACAAACUCGCUGUAUCCUCUGUAUCCGAUUCGUUGAAUCAAUUAUAAACUCGCUGUAUCCACCGUAUCUCCUAAAUCUAAACAAUCAAAUUCAAAGCAGAGCACUGAAUCCAUUCCGCAAAAUCCAAAGUCCGCAAAGAAUCCCAACAGCUCAAAACAUACAAUAUUUCUACUAAUCCCGCAAAACAACACCUACCAUUCAUAGAAACAAAAACGACUCUAUCCUCUGUUCCGUUUAAGCUAUUCAUACACAGUGGCGCAUCAAUUAGCCUCAUAAAGUUGUCACAUGACUAGUGUAUCUUGCAAUGGUUUUUGUACUCAUGGUACAUCAUGUGUAUGGUAUAGAUGGGAAGUUAGUCCUAAUAUAAAUAAAUUGGCUAAGGUUUAUAAUAUUGUAUCACAAUUAUGGAUGGUUACUAUAACUCUAAAGUAUAAAAAUAUUUCUAAGACUAUUAUUAUGAAUACUAACAACCCUAAAUAUGACCUCAAUGAUAUUAUAAACAAGGAGUUCAGUCAUAUGCCUAUAUAUGUAACUGGUAUCUCUUAUGAGGUACCCAUACUGAGGAAGAAUAUAAUUGAAUAUGAUAAUCAUUUCUAUAAUAUUGAUGCUAGUUCACAUAAUAUGCCUAUCAAAAAUAUGAUUGGUGAUCUUCAAAUAUCCAAAGAUGGAAAAGAUAUCAUUUUUUAUACUAAUAAUAUAGAUUGUAGUGUAGAUAGCUGUGUUGUUAAGUGCUUAUUAAAUGAACCUUCUAUAGGUAGAUUGCUACCUAAGGGUAUAUAUACAAUGGAUAGAUCUAAUAUUGAGACUUUAUCAAUAUAUGGAGAUAACUGGAUUAACACUAAACAUAGAGUUAGUGGGAAUGUUAAUAUUGCUUUUGGUAAUGUAGAUCUUAAAGAGUUAAUAGUUAAGAAACCUCAUUGUAAUAUAGAUAUAGUUAUGACUUAUGCUUGCACAUAUUGCCUUGAACAACCUAUUGCAGUAUUAUCUUCACACAAUGUAUUUUAUGAGUCAAAUUGCACUUUUAAUAAACCUUUACUAUCUUGUAAUCUAGAAAUGUAUGAAAUUACACAGAUAUCAAAGAACAAAUAUUGUAGAAUUUUUGUACCACUCUUAAACCAAACUAUUGAUUUAUCUUUUGAAUAUGAAUAUAAAGGAGAGCUAACUAACAUGAAAUCAAUCAAGGCUGAAACAAUGACUGAUAUAAUGUCCUCUAUUGUACAUGAUAGCUCAUUUUAUAUAUCAUUAAUUAGCUCAUUAUCUAGUUUCUUAUUGAUAACUACAAUUAGUACUAUUAUUAUAAGAUUGGGUAGAUUAGGUAUAUUAGCUUUCAACAAAAAAAGAAUAUGAGUCGUUAUAAAAAAAUAAUUAAACUUGCACAUAAGCAGGAGACCUAUGACACAUUCAUAGUCGUCCUAUAGUGUGAAGUACAAAAUUAUACACUAUUGAGAAUAGUUGUGGAAGCUUUAAAAUACCUUGAAUGGAAUUAGGAAUAGAUUUUAAGCCUGUGUCUUUACAUAAUGCAUUAAACAAUAAUCUCUGUUGAUUGAAUUCAGGACAAUUAAAAAAAUAUGAUCUAGAUCACACAUGCCAGAGUUACAAUAAGUACAUGCAGCUGAUUCACUUAACUUUAAUCUAAAAAGAUGCGCAGGAAAAUGGCCGUGGCCUAUACGUAAUCUACAAAUAAUCGAUAUAAAGGCUCUUCCCGGGAAGAAUCUAAAAUUAUCAAACCAAGAUUUAGUACUAGGUACUGGGACUAUUUCAGCUAACCAUUUACCUUUCGUUUCUCUGGACUUAGACAAGUAAUUAGACCAACGUUUCAUCAUAUUUUGUUUAAUUGAAUAAACUAAAUCUGAGUACGGAACUUUAAAAUCGGAAAUAUUUAUAUCUUUUGUAGAUUUCGCUAACUUAUCAACAAAUUCAUUACCCACAAUUCCAGAGUGACCUGGCACCCAGCAAAAUUCAUUAAAUAUAUUUCUGAAAUACAAAAAACUCAAACAACUUCUUAACUUAUAAAUUAAAUAAUUUACAGAUGCACUAAUACAUUUAUUUUUAAGAGCUUGCAAGGCGCUCAUUGAAUCAGAUAGAAUUAAAAUUUUGUCCCCUGCAGAGUAAUUUACUCGAAUGUGCUCUAAAGCAUAUAUAAUGCCUAGUACUUCAGCCGAAAAAACAGAGAAAAAAUUGCUACAUUUAUAAACUGAUCCUAUGUUCAUGGACGAAUCAAAAAAUGCAAAACUAGUUCUAUCUUUAGUUUUAGAGCCAUCUGUAUACACUUUAACAAAAUCAGUCUUAUCUUCAAGGAACUCCAGAAAAUCAUUUUUAGAUUUAAACUUGAUUAGAUCAACAGCCACAUCUCUCAACAUGUCAUGAAAGUUAUAUUCGAAACAAGGCAAUAGGGUAGACCAAAAUACCACAUCCUGAAAUUCAAAAUUCAAGUACGUUAUGGCACUGGAUAUGGAUGAAGAAUUAGGAAGCGGAAUUAAAUUAUAAUUUGGAAUAUUUGCAUACUUCAAAUACCUUUUACAUAGAGAACAAGAUCGUCAGCAAAAAAUAAAUGUUUAACAGAAUUUGGAAUUUUCUUUAUGAAACGUACUAAACUAAGUAUGAAUAUGAGAGGUGAUAAAACGCAACCUUGAGGAGUACCUUUAGUAUAAUUUUUAGGACCAAAUAAACUAGAUUUAAUUUUCAAAAACAAAGAGCGCUUGUUCAGAAAAUUGUACAGCCAGAACAGAACAUGUCCUGGAAAGCCUAAAGAAUGUAGACUUUCAAUAAGGUAGGAAUGAUCUAUAUUAUCAAAAGCCCCUUUAACAUCUAAAAAUACCGCUAAUGUAAAUUGAUUAUUAUGGAAGUUAUUUUUAAUAUCGCCAAUCAAACAGCUUAAGUUAUCUAUCGUACUUUUACCUUUACGAAAUCCGUAUUGAGUACUUGGUAUUAAGUUGUUAUUUUCAGUAAACCACUCUAACCUGUUUUUUAACAUAGUUUCGAAAAUUUUCGAAAAACAAGAAGUUAAAGAAAUGGGUCUGUGAGAAUUGAUACAGUUGGGAUCCUUGUAAAGCUUUAAAAUCGGUACUACAUGUUGAGUUUUCCAAAUCGGAGGAAUACAGUUGUUUUGCCAAAGAUCAUAAAAUAUUUGCCAUAAAAUUUCCUUAGCAUACUGGGGAAGAUUUUUGAUUACUUUAUAAGGGAUGAAAUCAGGACCAGGGGAGGUUUCCUUUUUAUUUUCUAACGCAGUCGCAAAUUCGCCCAUAGAGAAUGGGUCUACCAUCCAUUGAGCCUCCGGUUGUCCGUGGCUGUUAAAAAAAUCUUGUAACUUAGAUUCAGAAAUUUCAUUCUCAGAACCAGUUAUCGAGUUCAAAAACAAAGAUGCAUUAGCGGGAUUUUGAAAAAAACUUGAAGACGAAGAAAUAUGAUUGAGUUUAGCGUGUUUAAAUCUACGAAUGUGAUCCCAAAUAAUUUUACUCGAAGUCAUUCGAUUGAAUGAUGAGCAAAGAUUCAUCCAGCUUGAACGUUUUAUUUCAUAUAAAGUUCUUUUCUUCAAAGCGUCCAGCUUUUUGAAAAUAAUAUAGUUUUCCAUAUUUGGAUAAUGCUUGUACGAUAAUAAAGCAACUUUGGCUUGUAAAACUACGCGGUCACAAUCAGCAUUCCACCAAGGAACAGCUUUGGAACAAUUCCGUUUUUUGUGCGAGUAACACUUUUUGUCAAAAGUCAUUAAUAUGUCAUGUAAAAUACUCAAAAACAUAUUAUAAUUUUCAAGAGGGUUAUCAGCGAAGCUAAAACUUGAAAACUCACUUUCACAUAACUUAUUAAAUUUUGACCAGUCAAACUUAUUAAAAUUUAUGUUAGCUAAAGAGGUAUUAUCUAGUGUAUCAACUUGAUUUAUUGAAGAGGUGGUCGGGCCAAAGGAAGGAUGGGAAGGAAGAAAAGCAUCGUUAAAGACUUCAAUAAGUAGUGGGAAAUGAUUACUACUGAGCAAAUCAUCAAGGACAGAAACUGUGCAACUAGAGCUAAGAGCAGGGGAAGCGAAUACUAGAUCCAAUACAUUUCCUUGUUGACCAAAUGGAGCAAAGGUUGUGAUUGUGUCAUCAUUUAAACAAACUAACUCAGAACUUUCCACAUAAUCAUGAAGGGCUUUACCUCUUCUAUCAUUGACUCUUGAACUCCAGGAAGCAUGAUGUGCAUUGAAGUCACCAAUUAUUAAAUAAUUAUUUGAAACAAAUUUAGAACAUGAAUCUUUCAAUAAAUUAAUAGUGAACUUACCAUUUGGUGGUGGAGGAAUGUAAACACAUAGAAUGUCAAAAGAAAAAUUAUUAAUGUAAACUGUAAUUAAAAUAUUUUGAAAAUGAUAUUGAGAAA